AUGGCGAGUAUCAAUUGGGCAACAAUUGCGCCAGAAAGCCGCCUUUACAAAGGCAAGAACCUAUUCCGCUGGGAAGUCUCUCCUGGUCUUGGUACGCGUUCCAUCCACAUGUCGUUCUCUCUUGGUACUGUAGCUAACUGGAGUUUUUCCAGAACACCACUGUGGUAUAUGUGCCACUCCACUCCACAGUACGUGUCAAAGCCAAUUGACCCCCAGAGUCUUGUCUAACAAUUGAUCUAGAUUCCAGAGCCAAAACUACUUGCAUUGGAAAACAUGUUGAGCCUUGCUACCGCUUUCACCAGCAAUUGCAUUUUGUUGGUAGGUUUUCAAUGGGUGCAUGGGUCCUAUGCGUCUUUUGUGAACUAUUUUUGUUGAUUUUAUUUUUGGUUAAUCUGCUAAUUGAAUCUUUGGUUAGGCAAAAGCCAUGAAUGUUUCGGGUAGGGCUCUACUUCAAUCCAUUGUCAGGACCUUUUUGGUGGGCUGAUAAUUCUUUAGUUGCAACACCUCGGACGAAAUGCAUCACAACAGACAUAAGGAUAUUCUCAAAAUUCUCCGCCAAAUAUCUGCCAUUGAUGGUGCUACUUCGAUCAAUCUUUGCGCGAAAAUAGGAAUGCAAACCUCAGAACGCAGGGGUUCUUUCACAGCAAGUAUCACAACUUCACCUACUGAAACCAGCACUGAAAGCGUUGGUGGAGAUCUCAAAACAACAAGAAAAGCCAGGAAAAAAGCAAAAAAGGCAGGGAAUAAUAAAACAAAAAACAAAGCAAAUGUGGAGGCAUUUCCGAGGGAAGAGGUUGAUUUCAUCAGCGAAUCAAUCCAUCUCACCAUUCUCGAAAGCAAAGGAGCUUGGGAAGGUACAUACGUCUACAGCAGUAAAGACUCGAGCCCAUGUUCUGAAUACAACAAUGAAGGGAUCGAAACUGAAGUUUUUGAAGACGAAGAUGUGGAAGAUCUCUUGGUUGAAGUCGAAGAUUUCGAUGGAAUCGUUAAGACAGCAUACGAUAUGACCCCACGACAAAGAAAAGUCGCCAAGUUUUUCACUGCGCCGAUCAAUUACUCGAGCUUUGGAGGAGGUUCCCGCAAAUAUGCUCCAGAUAGCGUCAAGAAGUCGGAUCUGUAUAACGGUGUUGACCCACAGAUUUUCGUGCGCCUCGGAGUUGAAAUAGUUAAUCCUCUAGUGAACUCGAAAGCACGAAAGGAACUCGCUACAAAACUCGUCGCCGCCAUCAAAGAUGACCUCGAUAUCAUAUAUAGAGAAGACCAGGAGACUGAGAUGAGAAAAGAAGGCUUUAUACGAUGGGCUGGUAAAACCGCAUUAUAUCAUAUGGAAAAUACGAGACAAGGUAUAGAUUGGGCAACUGGGCAAAAGAUUUGUCCAAAACUUGAAGACUGCGCCCUCGAAACCAAGGAUGUUGAAGAUAUUGUUGAUACCAUCAAAGAUUCUUCGCAAGGAGGUGCCAUUUCGCUGUCUGCCCUUGCUGAUUCGCUCGAGACACUCGCUGAGGAUUCCGUCGUCAAAGUGCCAGUUGCAACGCCUAAUAAAUUGCCGGUCAUGACUCCCACUCUCCGCAUUAUAGCUGGCCCGGUCAAACCCCCAAACACUUCAAUGCUCCGAGUUGUUGAUGGUCCUGCCAAGCGCAAGAAGACGAAGACACCAUCAUUUGGUAAAGAGAUGAUGGUUGUAACAAAGAGCUCACCGAGAGUGUACGGCAAGCCUAUUAUUUUCAGUCAAUUGGUGGAGAAACACGAUCCCAAUCAGAUCAACAUGUGGUCAGCUAUUGUACAGAAUGACCCUCGACCGUUGUCUAAUGUCGAAAAUACCGUCAGAGUCACAACACGAGAAGUUUUCGAAGAUAUCAAGCCUGCCGUCCGAGAUGAGAACGAUGAUGAAUGGGAGACCGUCGUGCGAACAAAGCAGCGUCCUCAAAAACCAUUAAAGCCUGCCAAGCCUAUCGUGAAAUAU